AUGCAACUUUUGGAGGAAUUAAUUUAUGACCUUGACACUUGUCUAACUGAUUAUGAGCAUGACUUGUGUGAAGGGUUCUUUAUGAAGGAAGAGUUAUUGACCGCUUUAUUGGGCCUUCAGACAGGUAAGUCGGGUGGGUCUGAUGGCCUUCCACCUGGAUUUUAUUCUGCUUUCUGGGAUGACCUUAGUGAUUCUUUACUUUCUGUUUUAAAUGAAUGCUAUAACAUCGGUUCGCUUAAUUUGAGUCAAUGUCAGGCUCUCUUACAUUUAUUUUACAAGAAGGUUGAUCGACCCUUGCCAAAAAAUUGGCGUCCUAUUUCCCUUAUGAAUACAGAUUACAAAUUGGCUUCUAAGAUUAUUACCAAAAGUUUGAAAAAGGUUAUGGCCUCCAUUGUGCACUUGGAUCAAACAUGUGGGGUCGUUGGCAGUUCUAUUUUUGCUAAUUAACAUUUAGUCUGUGACCUCUUGGAUAUGAUUGAUAAAACGGAUGAGUCCGGUAUCCUAGUCACUCUUGAUGAAGAGAAAGCAUUUGAAAGAGUCAAUCAUACUUUUCUCAUGAAGGUUUUGAUUAAGUUUGCCUUUGGCCCUUCUUUUCGUCGCUGUGUUUUUGUGUUUUAUUCGAAAGUUUUCCCCGUAUAAUUUGUAAUGGCAGGCUUAUUGAUGCUAUUUAUUUGGAGUGAGGGGUGAGACAGGGGUGUCCUCCCUCCCCCUCUUAUAUGUUCUAGUUUCUGAGGUUUUGUCUACUCAGGUUCGUAAGUGUAAGGACACCGAGUGUUUUCUUCUGCCAGGAGCCGGGGAUCUUCAAUUUAAGAUCUCUCAGUAUGCCGACCACACUACCAAUUUUGUUAAAUCAGACAGGUGUCUCUGUCAUUUACUGUCUGUAGUGAAUAGAUACGAGAGGGGAUGCGGCGCCAAGCUCAACACAGCAAAGUCUGAAGCUAUGUGGCUUGGCCGGUAGCAGGUAAGAGGUGCCUCUCCCUUAAAAGGGCUCGGGUCUUUGUUUUAGCAAUGGGUUAGUGAUGUUGAUAAUUGGAAGUCUAAGCUCUAUAAAUUAAAGCAAUCAUUAGGUUUGUGGUCACAGAGCGAUCUUUCUUUUAUAGGGCACAGUAUGAUUUUAUGCAAAAUUUUGGAACCUUCUUGCCCUUAUUUACUAAGAGUUUUUAACUUCAGUCUCAGAAAAGGUUUUUUGUGAUUCUAUGCAAUAUGUCACUCGAAUUCUAUUUAAAAAAGAGGAUGAAACUCAUAAAAAAUUGGCGACCUAUUUCCUUGCUCAAUGUUGAUUAUAAAAUCUGUUCGUAAUCGAUCGCUUAUCGACUGGCCAAAGUAUUGUCAUCAAUGAUUAAUGAAGACCAAACUUGUUCUGUGCCUGGUAGGACUAUUUUGAGAACUUAGCCUUGUUUCUGGAUGUUUUAGGCCAUGUAAACAUUACCGAUGAGACCAGUAUCCUUGUAAGUCUCGAUCAAGAGAAAGCUUCGAUCAUGUUGAUCAUACCUUUCUAUGUCGCACCCUAGAAUGCUUCGGCUUUGGUCCCAGUUUUUUUACGCUGGAUUUCCACGCUAUAUCAUGGCGUGUCCAUGAACAUUACAGUCAAUGGCUUUUUAACAGAGAAAAUUUUUCUGUAAAGAGGAGUGAGACAGGGUGACUCACUGUCCCCCCUUCUCUAUGUUAUAUGUGCUGAGGUACUAGCACAGAAUAUUUGUAACCAUACUGGUAUAUAAGGCUUUCUCCUCCUUCCUGGUGCUAAUAGCUAUUUCAAGAUAACACAACAUGCAGACGAUUCUACUUGCUUUGUUAAAGACACCUGCUCAUUACAAAAUUUAUUUUACCUGUUACGGAAAUUCAAGAGAAGUACUGGUGCGAAACUUAAUUAGAGUAAGACUGAAGCCAUGUGGCUGGGUGCUUGGUGCUCUUGACCUGAUAUGCCUCUGGGGCUAUCAUGGGUUACAAAAAUGAAAAUUUGUGGUGUGGUGUCUGGUUUUCCAAUGGGUUAGUCAAUGUCGAUCCAGACAAUUGGUUCCCUAGGAUUUUUAAGUUAGAAUCUCAUAUUAACCUGUGGAAGUGUCGUUCCUUAUCCUUUGUCGGGAAAGUCCUUGUCAUUAAUAUCCUCAGACCAAGUAAAUUUUGGUUCCUUGCUAAGGUUUUACCCACCCCGGAGUGGGUUGUUUCACGAUUUAAGAAACUUGUUUUUCCUUUUCUGUGGGGGUCUAAGAUAGAGACUGUUAGUAGAAAGUCUCUAUCUGUUCCGGUCCACAAAAGGUGGCCUAGGCCUCAUUGA